GCCAGAUAAGAAGCAUUCCCAGAAGUACUAGCUCCAGUUUUAUUAUUAGGAUACAUUAACAGAAUCUUGCAAUUGUUGCAAGAAACUUAAUGACUAGUGACUUAGAAUGUCUUCUAGAAUCACCUCAAAAUUAUUUUGGCAAUAUAACAGUGGUAAGAAAUAACAUUUUUUAGACUCAGCAAUAGCUAGGUAAUGCUAAAAAAAUGCUGUAACAGGCUAAUCAAUGGAAACGACCAAAAAUUACUACCCUUUAGAAAUACAAAUCAGUGCAGAAAAUUAAUUAUCUAUUUCACCAGUAUAUAUGAUUGCAUUAGGUAAAACUGCUUCUUUUCCACCUCAUUAAGGUGGAAGUUCUGAAUGAUCACUUGUGAGGUUCAAAAAGGGGGUUAGGUGACCUAUCUAUGUAACAUUUGUCACAUUCUUAAGUAUUAUCAGAUACUUGCCUUUGUGCAAUAUUAUUCACAGGAUUAUGGCAAAAAAAUGGGAAUAUACUUCUAAAUUUAGAAAAGUGCCCUCAGUUAAAACAAAUCCUAUGUCCAAUGCAAGACUGAGCCAGUCAAUUUUUGUCUUGAUAUCAAAUAUAUAUUUCAGGAAUAAAGUCAGUUAAGAUAUCACAUGAGUUUGAGAACAUGCCUUACUUGUCAUUUGCUUAAAAGAUUCAAGAGCUACAUAUCCAACUAAGACUCAGAUAGGUAGUUAGAAAAGUAAUUCUGGUCAUAGCCCUCAAAGGAAAAAGAAUCAUAGGGGCUGAAUACAAAAUAUUUCUGUUUCUCCAUUUUGAAAUGCGGUCACAAGAGGUCGCUGUUUCCUAAGGAAAGCCUCUAAGUGAAACUGAAAAUGCAGAGCCCCUCCCUUAAAGGGACCGACAUUCCUGCCGGCCAGAUCCACAAGGGAAAUAUCGAACAACAGAGAAAUCACAACAAGCCAAGAUCCAACCUAUGAAAGCAUUGCCAGUAUGGCUGGGCUACGUGGGCUCCGCUCCUGACCCCUUGAUGGCAAGAUAUAUAGAGAAAAAAGAAAAGGGCUUGCGGGUGCUGUGCCUGUGUCUGCGAUGCUUACCUGGCCGACGGGGCUGCUGCAGCUGCUUCUGCUCCAGACCGCCUGGAAAAUGGGGAGCGGCCAGCUAUUAUUCUGUGCUGGAGGAAUCCCAGCACGGCACCUUUGUGGGCCGCAUCGCCCAGGAUCUGGGGUUGGAGGUGAGCGAGCUGGUGCCUCGGAUGUUCCGGAUGCUGUCCAAAGGAGAGAAGGACUAUUUUGAGGUAAACCUGCAGAAUGGGAUCUUGUUUGUAAAUUCCCGGAGAGACAGGGAGGAGCUGUGUGCCAAGACUGCAGACUGUGUCCUUCAUCUGGAGGUGAUUGUGGAGAAACCUCUGAGGUUCUUCCAUGUGGAGGUUGAAGUCAAAGACAUUAAUGACAAUGCUCCCGUCUUCUCUGCCAGGAAAAGGAUCCUGAGCAUAUCAGAACUGAUAACAGGUACCCAGUUCUCCUUGGAAGGGGCUUCUGAUGCAGAUAUUGGUACUAAUGCGCUGUUAACUCACAGGCUCAGUCCAAACAACCAUUUUGUUUUGGAUUCAGGAAAUAAUGAAGAUGAGAGUACAUCUGUAGUACUUGUGUUAAAGGUUCCACUUGACAGGGAGGAGAGCCCUGUGCAUCAUUUAAUACUGACAGCCACUGAUGGGGGUGAACCAAAACUCACAGGAACUGUUCAGCUGGUCAUCAAUGUGCUGGAUGUUAAUGACAACCCUCCUGUAUUUAACCAAUCUGUUUAUAGGGUAAAGUUGCUAGAAAACACUGCUAGUGGGUCAUUAGUUAUUACUCUGAAUGCAACAGAUUUAGAUGAGGGGAUUAAUAGGGAAAUCUCUUAUUUUUUUACAGAUAGCCUAGCUCUUCAUGUCACAAAGCUGUUUAGUAUAAAUUCUGAUAAUGGGGAAAUCAUAGUGAUUGGAAAAUUGGAUUAUGAAGAAAGUAAGUUCCAUGAACUUCCAAUUGUUGCAGAAGAUAAAGGCAAUUCUCCAUUAUCGGGGCACUGUAAAGUUCUCAUUGAAGUGUUGGACAUAAAUGACAAUAUUCCAGAAUUAUCUGUGAAUUCUCUCUCUGUGCCACUGCCAGAGGACUCCCCUCCAGGGACUGUGGUAGCCAUCCUCAGUGCUUCUGACAGGGAUUCUGGCACCAAUGGACAAAUCAGCUGUUUCCUCUUGCCCACUGGAGUACCCUUCAAACUUGAGUCCACAUUCAAGAACUACUACUCCCUGAUUGUUGGUGCAGUCCUAGAUCGAGAGCAGGUGGCUGAGUACAGGAUGGUUGUGACAGUGGAAGAUCAAGGCGUUCCACCCCUGUCUUCUAGCAUCAGCCUCUUAGUGCCUAUCAGUGACAUAAAUGAUAAUACUCCAACUUUCCCACAGCCUUCCUACACAGUCUUUGUGAAGGAGAACAAUCUCCCUGGUGCUCACAUCUUCACAGUAUCUGCCUCGGACCCAGAUGUAGCUGAGAAUGCCCUGAUCACCUAUUGGAUAGAUGAGAAGCUAUGGCCAUUGACAAGCUACAUCUCUGUACAUUCAGAGAGUGGAAAGCUCUAUGCUUUGCAGUCCUUGGAUUAUGAGGAGUUGAAACUGCUGGAGUUCCAGGUGAGAGCCAAGGAUGCUGGAAUGCCCUCCUUGUGUGGCAAUGCGACUGUUCAGGUCUUUGUGCUGGACGAGAAUGACAAUGCACCUGCCGUGUCAGGAUCAUCAGAAGAGAACCUGAUUCUUCUAGUGGUCCCCGUGAUGCCUGGGCAUAUUGUAGGCAAGAUCCAUGCCUUGGAUGCGGAUUCUGGAUACAAUGCGUGGCUCAGGUACGAACUGGUUGAAGAAAGCAGCAGUCCAUGGUCUGUGGGGCAGUAUAGUGGUGAGGUGAGUACCAAAUAUCCUCUGGAUGAAUCGGAAGGAGGCAAAAUUCAGAGUGUUCUGGUUCUUGUGACGGACCAUGGAAAACCUCAGCUCUCAGCCACAGCCACCCUGAGUGUGUCACUAAUAACAAGUACCCAGGACAUCAAAAAAUAUAAUCAGCAUCUAAUAUCAGGAGAGAUCUUCAUGCCCCUGGUGGACUCAAUCAACAUCUAUCUGAUCAUUGCCAUCUGCUCUGUUUCCAGCCUCUUUUUGCUGGCCAUUCUCAUCUACGUGGCCCUGCGAUGCCACUGCAAGGCAAAGGAAUCCAUGGUUUAUGGCCCUGGCAUGGCCACCCUGGUCUGUGCCAGUGAAGUGGGCAGCUGGUCCUAUUCCAAUCGCCACAGCCACAUCCUGGCAGGGGUGAGCACAGAGGCUGGUGCCAAGAGUGACCUUAUGAUUUUCAGUCCCAACAUUCCUGUUUUUGCAAAUAACGGGGAACUUAGGAAUGGGACAGAAUUACUCCCAGAUUCAGCUAAAGAGCUGGGCUACGUGGGCUCCGCUCCUGACCCCUUGAAGGCAAGAUAUAUAGAGAAAAAAGAAAAGGGCUUGCGGGUGCUGUGCCUGUGUCUGCGAUGCUUACCUGGCCGACGGGGCUGCUGCAGCUGCUUCUGCUCCAGACCGCCUGGAAAAUGGGGAGCGGCCAGCUAUUAUUCUGUGCUGGAGGAAUCUCAGCACGGCACCUUUGUGGGCCGCAUCGCCCAGGAUCUGGGGUUGGAGGUGAGCGAGCUGGUGCCUCGGAUGUUCCGGAUGCUGUCCAAAGGAGAGAAGGACUAUUUUGAGGUAAACCUGCAGAAUGGGAUCUUGUUUGUAAAUUCCCGGAUAGACAGGGAGGAGCUGUGUGCCAAGACUGCAGACUGUGUCCUUCAUCUGGAGGUGAUUGUGGAGAAACCUCUGAGGUUCUUCCAUGUGGAGGUGGAAAUCAAAGACAUGAAUGACAAUGCUCCCGUCUUCUCUGCCAGAGAAAAGAUCCUGAGCAUAUCAGAACUCAUAACCUCUGGCACCCAGUUCCUAUUAGAAGGAGCAUCUGAUGCAGAUAUUGGUACCAAUGCUCUGUUAACUUACAAGCUCAGUCCAAACAACCAUUUUGCUCUUGAUUCAGGAAAUAAUGAAGAUGGGAGUAAAUCUGUAGUACUUGUGUUAAAGGUUUCACUUGACAGAGAGAAGAACCCUGUCCAUCAUUUAGUACUGACAGCCACUGAUAGGGGUGAACCGAAACUCACAGGAACUGUUCAGCUAGUAAUCAGUGUGCUGGAUGUUAAUGACAACCCUCCUGUAUUUAACCAAUCUGUUUAUAGGGUAAAGCUGCUAGAAAAUACAGCUAGUGGAUCAUUAGUUAUUACUCUGAAUGCUACAGACUUAGAUGAAGGGAUUAAUAGGGAAAUCUCUUAUUUUUUUAGUUAUAACCUACCUCAACAUGUCAGAAAUAUGUUUAGUAUAAAUUCUGAUACUGGGGAAAUCAGAGUAAUUGGAAAAUUGGAUUAUGAAGAUAUUAAUUUCUAUGAACUUCAAGUUGUGGCAGAAGAUAAGGGUACUUUAUCUGGACAUUGUAAAGUUCUCAUUGAAGUGUUGGACAUAAAUGACAAUAUUCCAGAAAUAUCUGUUAAUUCUCUCUCUGUGCCAUUGCCAGAGGACUCCCCUCCAGGGACUGUGGUAGCCAUCCUGAGUGCUUCUGACAGGGAUUCUGGCACCAAUGGACAAAUCAGCUGCUUCCUCUUUCCCCCUGGAGUACCCUUCAGACUCGAGUCCACAUUCAAGAACUACUACUCCCUGAUUGUUGGUGCAGUCCUAGAUCGAGAGCAGGUGGCUGAGUACAGGAUGGUUGUGACAGUGGAAGAUCAAGGCGUUCCACCACUGUCUUCUAGCAUCAGCCUCUUAGUGCCUAUCAAUGACAUAAAUGAUAAUGCUCCAGCCUUCACACAGCCCUCCUACAUAGUCUUUGUGAAGGAGAACAAUCCCCCUGGUGCUCACAUUUUCACAGUAUCUGCCUCGGACCCAGACGUAGCUGAGAAUGCCCUGAUCACCUAUUGGAUAGACGAGAAGCUGUGGCCAUUGUCAAGCUACAUCUCUGUACAUUCGGAGAGCGGAAAGCUCUAUGCUCUGCAGUCCUUGGACUAUGAGGAGUUGAAACUGCUGGAGUUCCAGGUGAGAGCCAAGGAUGCUGGAAUGCCCUCCUUGUGUGGCAAUGCGACUGUUCAGGUCUUUGUGCUGGACGAGAACGACAAUGCACCUGAUGUUUCAGAAUCACCAGGAGAGAACCUGAUUCUCCUAGUGGUCCCCGUAAUGCCUGGGCAUAUUGUAGGCAAGAUCCAUGCCUUGGAUGCAGAUUCUGGCUACAAUGCGUGGCUCAGGUACGAACUGGUUGAAGAAAGCAGUGGCCCAUGGUCUGUGGGCCAGUAUAGUGGUGAGGUGAGUACCAAAUAUCCUCUGGAUGAAUCAGAAGGCAGCAAAAUCCAGAGUGUGUUGGUUCUAGUGAAGGAUCAUGGGAAACCUCAACUCUCAGCCACAGCUACCCUGAGUGUGUCUCUUGUGACAAAUUCCCAGGCCAGCAAGACAGAUAUUUAUGUGCAACGAUCAGGGGAGAGCUUUGUGCCCCUGGUGGAUUCAAUCAAUGUCUAUCUGAUCAUUGCCAUCUGCUCUGUUUCCAGUCUAUUCCUGCUAGCCAUUCUCAUCUAUGUGGCCUUGCGAUGCCACUGCAAGGCAAAAGAAUCCAUGGUUUAUGGCCCUGGCAUGGCCACCCUGGUCUGUGCCAGUGAAGUGGGCAGCUGGUCCUAUUCCAAUCGCCACAGCCACAUCCUGGCGGGGGUGAAUGCAGAGGCUGGUGCCAAGAAUGACCUCAUGAUUUUCAGUCCCAACAUUCCUUUUUUUGCAAAUAAUGGAGAACUUCAAAAUGGUACAGAACUGCCUCCAAAUGCAUCUAAGGAGCCUCUAAAAGUACUUCAUUACACAGUUCUUUCAUUAUUGGACUUAGUGUGUCUUAUAGACAUUUAUAAAGCUCUGCAGGUCUCCAGUUUUGCCAUGCUUGUGUGGAAAGUGGAUUCUGGGAAGGCAUCGCUGCUGCAGCUAGCUCUCCUCCACACUCUUUGGGGAAUGGGGAACCGCCAGCUCUAUUACUCAAUACAGGAGGAAUCCCAGCAGGGCACUUUUGUGGGCCACAUUGCCCAGGAUCUGGGUCUAGAGGUGGAUGAACUCGUGUCUCGGAUGUUUCAGUUGGUCUCCAAGGAACAAAGGGAAUAUUUCCAGCAAUGCCCCAAUCUUCCCUGUUACAGAGAGGCAAUUUACUAUUGCAGAGAGUCUAGUCUUUGUAAUUCACGUUUUCCCCUAGAGGGAACCUCCGAUGCUGAUAUUGCUGCAAACUCUCUGCUUAGCUACAGACUUAAUCCCAACCUACUCUUCAGUCUAAUAAUUGAAACUUAUGAACAUAGUGUCUCUUUAUUUCUUGUUUUAAAUAAACCUCUUGAUAGAGAAGAAUGUGCUGUUCAUCGCUUAUUUCCUUUAGCCACCGAUGGAGGUGACCCACAACUCACUAGUACAAUGCAGUUAGAAAUCAAAGUGCUAGAUGCAAAUGAUAACCCUCCUGUAUUUAACCAGUCAGUUUAUAAUGUCCAGAUUUUAGAAAACUCAGAAAAUGAGGUAAUAUUUAAGGUAAAUGCAACAGAUUUAGAUGAGGGGACAAAUAGAGAAAUUACAUACAUUUCAAGUAAUUUUUCUCCUACCAAUGGAAAAGAAAAAUUCAUCCUUGAUCAUCAAACUGGUGAGAUAUAUGUGAAAGGACAUUUGGACUUUGAGGAAAGGAAUUUCUAUGAAAUACAUGUUGAGGCAAAAGAUAACAGAAAUCCUCCAUUAUCAGGAUACUGCAAGGUUUUGAUCGAGAUUUUGGAUCUCAGUGAUAAUCCUCCAGAAAUCACAGUGGUGUCUUUGUUGAUAACUAUUCCAGAGGAUUCGCCAUUGGGGAUGGUGAUAGCUCUGAUUACUGUUUUGGACAGGGAUACUGGUGCCAAUGGACAAGUGAGCACUUUUUUGUGGCCAUUUGGGAUCCCUUACAGGCUAGUGUCAACUGGCAAAAAUUACUAUUCAUUGGUGCUAAAUGAGCACCUAGAUUGGAAACAAGUUGCUGAGUACAGUCUACAAAUCACUGCACAAGAUCAAGGAACUCCAUCACUGUCCCCCUCCUACACCGUUUUUGUGAAGGAGAACAAUCCCCCUGGUGCUCACAUCUUUACAGUAUCUGCCUUGGACCCAGACACAGCUGUGCCAUUGCCAGAAGACUCCCCUCCAGGGACUGUGGUAGCCAUCCUCAGUGCUUCUGACAGGGAUUCUGGCACCAAUGGACAUAUCAACUGUUUCCUCUUUCCCCCUGGAGUACCCUUCAAACUCGAGUCCACAUUCAAGAACUACUACUCCCUGUUUGUUGGUGCAGUCCUAGAUCGAGAGCAGGUGGCUGAGUACAGGAUGGUUGUGACAGUGAAAGAUCAAGGCGUUCCACCCCUGUCUUCUAGCAUCAGCCUCUUAGUGCCUAUCAGUGACAUAAAUGAUAAUGUUCCAACUUUCCCACAGCCCUCCUACACAGUCUUUAUGAAGGAGAACAAUCCCCCUGGUACUCACAUCUUCACAGUAUCUGCCUUGGACCCAGACAUAGCUGAGAAUGCCCUGAUCGCUUAUUGGAUAGGCGAGAAGCUGUGGCCAUUGUCAAGCUACAUCUCUGUACAUUCGGAGAGUGGAAAGCUCUAUGCUCUGCAAUCCUUGGACUAUGAGGAAUCAAAACUGCUGGAGUUCCAAUGCAAGGCAAAGGAAUCCAUAGUUUAUGGCCCUGGCAUGGCCACCCUGGUCUGUGCCAGUGAAGUGGGCAACUGGUCCUAUUCCAUUCGCCAAAGCCACAUCCUGGCAGGGGUGAGCACAGAGGCUGGUGCCAAGAGUGACCUUAUGAUUUUCAGCCCCAACAUUCCUGUUCUUAUGGAUGGUGGGGAAGUAGGAAUUUUGAAGGAGCCAAUUCCAAAUGCACAAAAACAGCCUAUCUGGAUCCCAGCCCAAGAUGUUGGCUAUGAGCAAAAACUUGGAAGGGAAGAAGAAGCUGGGAGAGACCCUGCUUGGGAAGAGCCAGCACCACCUCAGACCAGAGCAAGAGUGCAACCAGUCAGUGUGCUUCCGAAACUGAAGUCUGAACAACUGGCCGCAGCCACAAAGGAGCGAGCGAAGGAUGCCUUAGUUCUUCCCUUAAUCCAGGGAAGGGGAACCCCAACCCUGCCAAGAUGGGGCCAGUCUUCUACAAGAGCAAGCAAUAGUGAAGGAGAAGAUGCAAACGGGCUUCCUGGCUUGGCCUUUUCUCCCGUCGGCUGCGGCAUCGCUUACUUCAGCUCUUUGUUGAAAACGGGGGAUUAUGUUACGAGUGACUCGAUCUGCAGGGAGGAGCGGGAAGGAAGCCAGGGAAAAAGAAUGCGGGUCUAUUUAAUGGUGUGCUGCCUUAUUUUCUACACCGUGCGUGGACAAGUAGAGUACUCCAUCGCCGAAGAAACUGAGCGCGGCGCUCCCGUCGGGAACCUAGCACAGGAUUUGGGCAUUGAUGCGACUCGGCUGCCCUCCCGCAGAUUCCGCAUGAUCACCGGUUCAAGUAAGCAGUAUUUCAACCUCAAUGCGAGCACCGGAGCUUUGUCUGUUAACGAGCCCGUCGACAGGGAAGAGAUCUGUGCACAAGAACCUACCUGCUCUCUGAAUUACGAACUCGUGUUAGAAACCCCCCUGGAACUUUAUAAACUGCAGUUUAAAAUAUUGGAUGUGAACGAUCACGCUCCUACUUUUCUGCUGGAGGAAUAUCAUGUGAAUGUCGCAGAGUUCCUGGCUCCGGGAGUCCGGUUUACUCUCCCGGUUGCCCACGAUCUCGACGAAGGCAUUAACAGCGUCCAGAGCUACAUUCUAAGUCCCAACCAGCAUUUCAGACUCGAAAUGCAGACUCGCGGGGAUGGGAGCCGAUAUCCUGAACUGGUACUAGAAAAGUCCUUGGAUCGGGAGCAGCAGGCCGUUCACAGGCUUACUAUCACAGCUAAAGAUGGAGGGAGCCCCCAGAGGUCUGGAGCCGCCCAGAUUGUAGUAACCGUCCUGGACACAAAUGACAAUGCCCCUACUUUUGAGCAUUCUGUCUACAGAGCCAACGUGUUGGAAAACUCUCCUAGAGGUACUCUGGUCACCAGGGUGCAAGCCACAGACUUAGAUGAAGGUCAAAAUGGAGAGGUCUUCUACUCGUUUAGCAACAGCACAUCUCCUGAGCUACAGAAGAUGUUCAGCAUCAACUCCCAGAAUGGGGAGAUCAAAGUCAACGGUGCUUUACGUGUCCAGAAGCCCCUGCUCGAGAUGUUCAUUGAGGCAAGGGAUAAAGGAGUCUUCGGCAUGUCCAGUGUAGCCAAACUAUUGGUGGAAAUUACUGAUGUGAACAACAAUGCCCCAGAAAUUACACUCACUUCACUGUCCAGCCCCAUCCCAGAGGAUUCUUUGUUGGGCACAGUGGUGGCUCUUUUGAGUAUUACUGAUGAAGAUCCUGGUGAGAAUGGGAAAAUCAUUUGUAAGGUUCCUGUUGACAUCCCCUUCCAACUCAGGUCCUCUUUUGAUGAUUACUACAGCCUGAUCACAAGUGAUCUUCUUGAUCGAGAACAGGUCAGUGAAUACAACAUUACGGUCACUGCCUCUGAUCUGGGUUCCCCUCCCUUUGCCAUUCAGAAAGCACUGUGGGUGCAGAUUGCGGAUGUGAAUGACAAUCCUCCCAAAUUCCUCAACCAGAUCCGUGAAAUUUACAUAACAGAGAACAAUAAGCCUGGGGCAUCUGUUUUCCAGAUGUUGGCCUCUGAUCCAGACCUCGGGGAGAAUGGUCGGGUAUCUUACUUUCUCAGGGACAUUGACAUCCAGGGCAGCUCCUUAUCCAGAUAUUUAGCCAUUGAUGCAGACAAUGGAAUCAUCUAUGCAAAAGACACUUUUGACUUUGAGCAACUCCAAAAUUUUCAUUUCCAAGUAGAGGCAAAGGACAAUGGCUUCCCAAUUCUGACUGCCACUUUUAUUGCCAGUAUUACUAUCUUAGACCAAAAUGACAAUGCCCCAGUCAUCUUGUAUCCAGAUGUGAGAAAUGCUUCAGUGGCGGUUGAAAUUGUGCCACGCUUGGCAGAUGCCAACUAUUUAGUGACCAAGGUGGUGGCCCAUGACCCAGACAGUGGGCAGAAUGCUUGGCUUUCUUAUCACCUUCUGCACUCUUCUGACACAAGCCUAUUUCAGGUUUCACCAAAUUCUGGGGAACUUAGGACUAGUCGUUCAAUGAGAUCUAGUGACCCCAUCAAGCACAAAGUGGCGAUCUUGGUGACAGACAAUGGGGAUCCUCCCCUCUCCUCUACUGUAACUCUGGGCAUCCUACUAGCUGACACUCUCCCACAAGCACUCCCAGACUUUGAUGACAGCCUGGAAACACAUGGGCAGCAGCUGUCCAGCUUGAACUUCUACUUGAUCAUUGCUCUGGGCUGCCUUUCCCUUGUCUUUUUUGGAUUUAUCAUUUUCCUUUUUGCUAUUCGACUUUUCCACUGUAGGACUAACCCCUCUUGCAAUUGUUGUUAUUCCACGGAUGAGUAUGAAAAGUACCGGUACAAUGUGCGCAUGCUCCCAAGCUCUCAUUUUACCCCAGAGAUGGUUGAGAUAGCAGGGAUGGGGAAGCUUACGCACACCUAUUUAUAUAGGGCAGCCCUAGGUGUAGGGACUAGCAAUAACAACUUGAUGUCCAACAGAGAUGCCAGAAACCUUUCCAAGGGGGCGGGAUUAUUGCAAGUGCCAGCAUCCUGCAUUCAAGUACAGAAGGUGAAGAGUGACCAUUUUAAUGCCAUUCUGGUGCCAAAACCACCCAAUCCUGAUUGGCGUUAUUCUGCAUCUUUAAGAGCUGGAAUGCAAGGUGCUGUACACAUGGAAGAAACAGGAGGCCUGCGUGUUGGAUCAGGGGGACCUGAACAGCAGUGGCCAACAGUAUCCAGUGCAACAACAGAACCUGAAGCUGGUGAAGUGUCCCCUCCAGUGGGAGCUGGCGUGAACAGCAACAGCUGGACUUUCAAAUAUGGGCCUGGUAAUUCCAAGCAGCCAGGACCAAGUGAAUUGCCAGACAAAUUCAUCAUCCCAGGAUCUCCUGCUAUCAUCUCCAUUCGUCAAGAUCCGCCAAAUAGCCAAACUGAUAAAAGUGACUUCAUAACCUUUGGCAAGAAGGAAGAGACCAAGAAAAAGAAGAAAAAAAAGAAGGGAAACAAGGCUCAGGAUAAAAAAGAAAAGACCAAUAGCGCCACUGAUAACAGUGAUCAGUGAGAGGCUUAUACUGAACAAUCGAUUUAGCCAAUUUUUGCAAUCCUGGAAGAGCUCUCCCAUGUAGCAACUCCCAACUUCUUCCUACUGUUAACCAAUUUCCUGUAUGUGCAAGACUUCAAAAAUCUGCAGGGAAUUCACAAUGUCUUUUGCUUGACAGGUUUUGUCUUGAAAGCUUUAUCAUACCUGACAUUAACUAUUUUUCUCCACCCUGGCUUAUUUUCAGAUUCUAAAAAAAGCAGAUCAGUUUCUUUUCUCUCCUCUGGAAGAGAAACUUUUCAAAACACAGCCCAAGCAAAAUUGGAAUCUGUAACCUUAUCCUGAUGACAUAUGAGGGUGGGGAGUUAAACAGUUUUGUUAUUGUGCACCCUGUAGCUGAUUGAAAACUCCUGCGCACUGAUGGCUGGCUGGUGAUGCAAGGUCAGAGUAAUAUGAUGCAAAAGCACUCGCAAAACAUGAACAAAUUAAGUUACUUGUUAAAUUAAUGUGCCCUGGGAUCUACCUUAAAUUUGUGAUUAUUUUGUAUUCCAUCAGAUUUACCCAUGUAUAUUGUGAGUGCAAGCUUUUAUAUGUUUUAUAUGCACACUCCAGCAAAAAAGCAAGUUUAACUCAGACAACUCAUAUGAGAAACCAUGAAGUAUGUCUGCUUCCAAGCCAUUGGCCAUAUUGCCGCAACAAGGCCUUUGAUCUCCUAGCAAGGAUGUCCCUCAGGGAACGUCUGCAUGGCAACCUCCCAUAUCCUUGACUCGCUACUGUAGAGCUAAACAAGGUGUGUGGAAUAUCUCCCUCUUGGAAAAAAAAAAAACACAAAUAACUUUGGAGAGUGGGGAUUCCUUAUUCACAUCUUGUGUGCAGCUGUGUGGAUAGAAGUGUCUACAACCCAGAUAACUGAACAUCCCUCUGGGGACAUAAUCCAAGGCUGUUAUGAAACCACCGUGCUGACAAGCUCUCAGAGUUUAACAAAGGAAUUAAGGGCUGACAUCUCAGGAAUGUAAAUGACUGUGAUGUUUCCUUUAUGUCCUUGUUUCCACUCUAUUUAACAUUCCUUUGCACAUAGCAUCUCUGAAAAUAUCAGAGUAUUUCCAUAAAACAUAUGCAAAAAUAUAGAAGGAAGGAAGUAGUCUUAUCCAUGCUAUUAGUGAUUUAAUAUAUUUAUAAAGGGAGAAUAGCUGUAAAUGAAGAAAUAUGAUGUCCUUUACCCCCAAACUGAAGUAAAUUUACAGCCAUUAGAAAAUAUAAUUGCUGCUAAUAAAGUGCUUUAGAAAAAAAUGCCUGAAACAUUGUAUUAUAUUUGCCAAUCACCGCUUUAUUAUAUCAGGUCACUAGAUUGGGAAUGGGGACUCCCUCUUGCAUGCAUUUAAAGAAGUAUAAGAUUUUCUUGCUCUCAUUUUGCUUUCCUUAUUCUGCACUUUGAGUACACUCCUUUUGUAAAAAUAAUAAUAAUAAUAAUCAGGGGAAGUGGAAAUAAAUUCUUUCUCACCAAGCAACUAAUCUGCUAGCUCUGUUAAGUGUCUUGAUGUAUUCGCCUACAUGAUCUUCUUGGGUUUAGUUUCUCUAAGAUUUUAUGAAUUUCUGACCCUUCAAAUUAUUGCUUAUUAUGUAAAAUUAAAGUACUGUAUGUAUGCAACAUGCUCUUAUAAGUAUCCUAAAAUAUUUAUUCUGUGCUUAUGUAUGUGAAUGUCAAUGCAACUAUUAUCUAGUGUGGACAUUAAGCUUUAGUAGUUGAAUGUAAAUCUACUAUUAUUUUUUUGUACAUUUGUGAAGUGGAGUAGCGUUAAUAUUUUUAAGCACUGUUAGUAACUAGUUUUUGUGUAUGAAUUGAAACACAAGUAAAAUACCUUUCUUAAAUCAAGAAA